CAAUCAUAAUUCAAGAAACUGGAAGUGAUACUCCACCUCUAAGAAGCACGCGUGCGCGUGGGGGCACUGAACAAUGAGGUCUCUGUUGCUCUGUCCCCGCGCGCACCUUGUUUUCUUUCUCAAGUUUUAAAGUCCCAUCUGCUUCAAUCGGUCCACCACCACCACCUCCACCUCCACCACCACCACCACUCUUCAAUCUUCAUUACUCUCAAUUUCAUUUACUUUUCAAAAUAUAGUGCGUAAGAGUGAGAGUGAGAGACUACAGAGGUUUCUUUCCCAUGGCGUCCACCAAAGAAAGAGAGAACCACAUCUACAUGGCUAAGCUUGCCGAGCAAGCUGAGCGCUACAACGAUAUGGUGGAACAGAUGAAGAAAAGGGUGACGAAGAGCGCUGAACCCGGCAUGGAACUGAGCGUGGAAGAGAGGAACCUGUUCUCCGUUGCGUACAAGAACAUGGUGGGAGCUCGCAGAGCCUCGUGGAGGAUCCUAUCCUCGCUCGAGCAGAAGGAAGAAUCGAAAGGGAACGAUCAGAACCUGAAGCGGAUCAAGGAAUAUAGGCACAAGGUCGAGUCCGAGCUCUCUGACAUUUGCGCCGACAUCAUCUCCCUCAUCGACGAUCAUCUCAUUCCGGCUUGCUCCACCGGAGAGUCCACCGUCUUUUUCAACAAAAUGAAAGGGGAUUAUUAUCGGUAUUUGGCGGAGUUUAAGGCUGGUGAUGAGAAGAAAGAGACUGCUGAUCUGUCAAUGAAAGCUUACCAGGCAGCUUCUACUACAGCAGAAGCUGAAUUACCUCCUACACAUCCCAUCAGACUGGGUUUGGCCUUGAAUUUCUCUGUAUUUCAUUAUGAAAUUAUGAACUCUCCUGAAAGGGCUUGUUACCUGGCAAAGCAAGCCUUUGAUGAAGCUAUCUCGGAGUUGGAUACUUUGAACGAGGAAUCUUACAAAGACAGCACUUUAAUUAUGCAGCUCUUGAGGGAUAACCUCACAUUGUGGACUUCUGACAUCCCAGAGAAUGAAGAAGAAGGCCAAAAGCUGGACAUAUCUGCCAAAGUAGGUGCAGGUGAAGAUGCAGAGUGAACCGAAGCAGCUUCAAAACUUGGGAAUUAGAAAUCUGUAGACGGAGAAAAUUGUUGAUGCCUGCUAAACUCAAGGGUGCUUUUUACUUUUUUCGCUCUCUCUCACACUCUGUCACAAGGGUAAUUCUAGUUCUAUCACUCGUUUUUGUUGUGGGUUUGUCUUUGUGACUAUAGUUUCUCUUUGGAUUAUCAGACCAUUUGCAACCCCGAAGUGGUUACUUCAUUCUGUAUGUUGUUAGCUAUUGGCUUAAUCUGAAGGCUUUUAAAGGUUUCUUGAGGCCUUCUUGUCAUAUUUUUCUGUUUGAUGAACAUGUGACACCAUUUAGAUGGUGUCGUAUUAAUUGUCUUGUUUUUGUA